AUGGCAGCUAUCACGGAUCUCUCCUUUAUGUAUCGAUGGUUCAAGAACUGCAAUCUGGUCCGCAACCUCUCAGACAAGUAUGUCUUCAUCACAGGCUGUGACUCGGGCUUCGGGAACCUGCUGGCCAGGCAGCUGGUUGAUCGAGGCAUGCGGGUGCUGGCUGCUUGCCUCACUGAGGAAGGGGCCCAGAAGCUUCAGCAGGAUACCUCUUACCGACUGCAGACCACCCUAUUGGAUGUCACCAAGACUGAGAGUAUAAAGGCAGCGGCCCAGUGGGUGAGGGACCAAGUGGGUGAGCAAGGCCUCUGGGCCCUGGUGAACAAUGCAGGUGUAGGCCUGCCCAGUGGGCCCAAUGAAUGGCUGACGAAGGAGGACUUUGUGAAGGUGAUCAAUGUGAACCUGGUGGGACUGAUCGAAGUGACCCUCCACAUGCUGCCCAUGGUCAAAAAAGCCCGGGGCAGGGUCAUCAACAUGUCCAGCUCUGGUGGUCGCGUGGCUAUCAUCGGUGGUGGCUACUGCGUCUCCAAGUUUGGCGUCGAGGCCUUCUCUGACAGCAUCAGGCGUGAGCUCCACUACUUUGGGGUGAAAGUCAGCAUCAUUGAGCCGGGGAACUAUCGAACAUCCAUCCUGGGCAAGGAAGGCAUGGUUUCCCGCAUGCGAAAGCUGUGGGAGCGGUUGCCUCAGGAGACCCGGGACAGCUACGGAGAGGACUACUUCCACAUCUAUACUGAGAAGUUAAAAAACAUGAUGCAGUUGGCAGAGCCAAGGAUCAGAGAAGUCACCGACAGCAUGGAGCACGCCAUUGUUUCCCGGAGCCCCCGUAUCCGCUACAACCCUGGCCUGGAUGCCAAACUCCUCUACGUGCCAUUGGCUAAAUUGCCCACUCCCGUGACAGAUUUCAUCCUGAGCCGGUACCUUCCCAGGCCAGCAGACAGUGUCUGA